GAGUGACGGAUCCGUUUACGUAGGUGCGUUGAUGUUCUCAAUGAUCGCCAACAUGUUCAAUGGAUUCUCGGAGCUUGCUUUGAUGAUUCAAAGACUUCCCGUGUUUUACAAGCAACGAGACCUUUUGUUUCACCCUUCUUGGACCUUCACGCUCCCAACGUGUCUCUUGAGCAUUCCUGUCUCCAUCUUCGAAUCCGUUGUUUGGGUCAGCAUCACUUAUUUUUUGAUCGGAUUUUCUCCAGAACCCAGCAGGUUCUUUAAGCAUUUGUUGGUGAUAUUUCUGACACAGCAAAUGGCUGGUAGUAUUUUUCGAUUCAUUGCGGUAACUUGCAGAUCGAUGAGUCUUGCAAACACAGGAGGAUCUCUAGUGAUUCUCCUCCUCUUCUUGCUUGGAGGAUUCAUUAUUCCUAGAGGUGAGAUUCCUGUAUGGUGGCAAUGGGCUUAUUGGGUUUCACCAAUGACUUACACUUUCGAUGCUUUGACUGUCAAUGAAAUGCUUGCUCCUAGAUGGAUGGAUCAACGGUCUUCCGAUAAUUCCACGACGUUAGGGUUGGCUGUUCUUGAGAUUUUUGACGUAUUCACGGAUCCAAUCUGGUACUGGAUCGGAGUAGGAGCCAUUCUCGGGUUCGCGAUUCUCUUUAAUGUCCUAGUCACCCUCGCUCUUACAUUCUUAAACCCACUUGAGAAGACGCAAGCCAUCAUUUCUAAAGAGAAUGCAGAAGAAAACAGAGCUGAGGAUAGCUCAGAGAGUAAGAGCUUUUAUGUUAAAAAAGGAAUGGUUCUACCUUUUACCCCUCUCACAAUGUCCUUCGACAAUAUUCACUACUACGUUGACAUGCCUAAGGAAGUGAAGGAACAAGAAGUUGGCAAGGAUAAGCUUCAGCUUUUAAACGAAGUGACAGGAGUGUUUAGGCCAGGAGUGUUAACAGCUCUGAUGGGAGUUAGUGGAGCUGGUAAGACCACUCUAAUGGAUGUUUUGGCGGGUAGGAAGACCGGUGGAUACAUUGAAGGAGACAUCAGAAUCUCAGGUUUCCCUCAAAGACAAGACACUUUUGCAAGGAUCUCUGGUUAUUGUGAACAGAAUGAUAUCCAUUCGCCGCAAGUCACCGUCAAAGAGUCUCUCAUUUACUCUGCUUUCCUUCGUCUCCCAAAAGAAGUCACUAAAGAUGAGAAAAUGAGGUUUGUUGAUGAAGUGAUGGAGCUAGUGGAGCUAAAUAGUCUAAAAGAUGCGAUCGUGGGACUUCCAGGGAUCACAGGGUUAUCAACAGAACAGAGGAAGAGACUAACAAUCGCUGUGGAGUUAGUGGCGAAUCCUUCAAUAAUCUUCAUGGAUGAGCCAACCUCUGGACUUGACGCUAGGGCUGCAGCCAUUGUGAUGAGGACGGUGAGGAACACGGUUGACACAGGAAGGACAGUGGUCUGCACAAUCCACCAACCUAGCAUUGAUAUCUUUGAAGCUUUUGAUGAGCUUCUUCUUCUGAAGAGAGGAGGGCAAGUGAUUUACGCUGGUCCUUUAGGCCGAAACUCCCACAAGAUUAUCGAAUAUUUCCAGGCAAUUCAUGGAGUUCCGGUGAUUAAAGAGAAGUAUAAUCCGGCGACAUGGAUGCUAGAAGUGAGCUCAAUGGCAGCAGAAGCAAAACUCAAGAUAGAUUUUGCUGAGCAUUACAAAACAACAUCCUUAUAUCAACAAAACAAGAAACUUGUAAAGGAACUAAGCACACCGCCACGAGGAGCAAAAGAUCUCUACUUCUCUACGCAGUUCUCACAAUCAUUUUUUGGACAAUUCAAAUCUUGUCUGUGGAAACAGUGGAUUACUUACUGGAGAACUCCUGACUACAAUUUAGCCAGAUUCUUCUUUACACUGGUUGCAGCUCUCAUGAUCGGAACAAUUUUCUGGAGAGUUGGCACAAAAAGGGACAAUGCGAAUGAUCUUACAAAGGUUAUUGGAGCAAUGUACGCUGCCGUUUUAUUCGUUGGAAUAAAUAACUCCACAUCUGUUCAACCACUCGUAGCUGUGGAACGAACUGUGUUCUAUCGAGAAAGAGCUGCUGAAAUGUAUUCUGCUGUGCCCUAUGCCCUAGCACAGGUGGUAUGCGAAAUACCGUACGUGCUGAUCCAAAAUACGUAUUAUACACUAAUUGUAUACACAAUGGUGUGUUUCGAAUGGACAGUGGCCAAGUUCUUGUGGUUUUUCUUCGUGUCGUUCUUCUCCUUCCUCUACUUUACAUACUACGGGAUGAUGACUGUCGCCGUCACACCAAACCAGCAAGUCGCAGCUGUUUUCGCCGGAGCUUUCUACGGAAUUUUCAACCUCUUUUCCGGUUUUCUCAUCCCUAAAUCGAGAAUUCCAAAAUGGUGGAUAUGGUACUACUGGAUCUGUCCAGUGGCUUGGACUGUGUACGGAUUGAUUGUUUCGCAGUACGGUGACGUGGAGGACACGAUUAAAGUUCCGGGUAUGACGGAGGAUCCGACGAUAAAGUGGUACAUCGAAAACCAAUUCGGGUUUGACCCGAAUUUCAUGGGUCCAGUUGCGGCUGUCUUGGUGGGUUUUACUCUGUUUUUUGCUUUCAUGUUUGCAUUUGGAAUUAAAAUGUUAAACUUCCAACAAAGGUAG